GAGACGUAGCGGGGCCAGGAAGCAGGGGCCAGGCAAUCUGGAGCAGCCUCCCCAGAUCCCGCGUUCCGAAUGCCUAGCGGCCAGAGAGAGCACAGUGGACCGCAGGGCUCGGCGGUGAGUGCGGGACUCCGGCUUGUGCGCAGGCGCCGGGCUGGGUCCCUGCCGCUCGAGGGACCCAAUGCCUGGCGCCUCGCGGGCGCCUCUAGUCUGAGAAGCCCCUUUCUCCGCACGCGCCGACCCCUGAGUCCCCGGCCUGGUGUAGAGGAGCUGCAGACUCGGGGGGUCACGGCUGCGGGUUCUGGAGCCAGAAAGGGAAAGCUUCCGUCCUCGGCGGGGGCAGAAUUGGAGCCUCCGGCUGCCGUAGCUUCGGACCUGAGUUGCCCGAGCCGCUGCGGCUCCCGCAGGAGGGGGCGGGGCUGACGCGAGCAUCUCGGUGCUCAGUUUUCCGGACUUGCUGCAACGCGGGCAGGUGCAGCCGCUGAAGACCUCUUCCUAACCCGGUGCGGGGCACUUUGCGACGCCUGCCUCCUCCGCCCCAUUGUCCCGUCUCACUGCUGCCCCGGGGCCCAGCAGCCACUUGCCUGGCGAUGCUCUCACACUUUGGACUCUUCUGGCAUUAUUGAACUGACGCUUUGGGACAUCAGAUUCAGGUCCUAUGGGGAGAGAAGCGUGUGACUUUGCAAGGUGUGAUGUGGAAGCCCGCGCCUGUCACCCGUCUCCGCUUGAUUAAAGGCCACUAGGGUGGUGUCUCUGGCCUGAUAAAGUGCUGUUAUUUGUUACUGAGAAGGGAAACUAAGUGAGGUUGGCUGUCCCUGUUAUCCCGGAAUCGGAUGGUCCUGAGGGGACAGUCAGGAAGAAUGGUAUAAAAGUGAGGAAACAUCAACUGAUGCUUUGAAUGUGGCAAGAAAAGAAUAAGCGCUGUCAUGAUUGCUUGAAAGGAAAGUUAGAUGUAAGCUCUAAUCUCUUCUUGGGAACUGGAAAUUUUUUUAAAAAAGGUUUGAAGACAUUCUUCUUUGCCUUCUUCAAAGUUAAAACCUAAAAUUUGCAGGACAAAUAUCACUGUAUUUGUAUGGAACUCUGGGAUUGGGUUUGAGCAAAUUGAAUGCGCAACAGAUCUUACUGUGCUGUGGCUCUUUGCUUUCCCCUCAUGACUUUGGGCCUUUGAGAGGGUUCAGGAAGAGGAAGUGUGGCACCUUUCCUCUUACCACACACUUGGCUGUUGGAGUUGGUGAUCUGUAUUCUCAUCUUCCCUGUUUGAAGGACUCCUCUGAAGAAAAGUGUGCUUCUUAAGUCAACCCUAGCCUCUCCUCCAUACAAAGAGCUCUUAAUGAUACUAGUGGAAAACAAAUUCAACUAAAAGCUCGUCUGCAGAUCAGAAGAACGAAGACAUGGAGUUUUGAGGAGUGAAGGUAGCAUGGCGUCGGCCAUGGGUGAUCAAGACACAGACAGACAAUGUGGCUCAAUUUCUUCAAACUACGGCUUUUCUGCUGUCUGCUUGCAGUGCUGAUGGUGGUGGUGCUGGUCGUCAAUGUUACUCAGGUAGAGUACUUGGACCAUGAGACUGUUUCAGCCACAUUCAUCGACAGUAGUGGACAGUUUGUUUCCUCCCAGGUGACAGGAGUUAACCGGAAUCCUUACUGUGGCUAUGAGCAUCAGACUCUGUCUAGCCGGGAGCGCAUGGAGGAGGACUCCUUGCUGGCUGCCCUACAAUGGCAGGUGCCUGAUGUGGGUCCGGUCCCCUUUCUGAAGAGCACUGACCCUUCUUCCAGCUACUUUGUUAUCUUGAACUCUGCAGCCUUCUUCAAGGUGGGAAGCCAGCUAGAAGUGCUGGUUCACGUACAGGAUUUUCAAAGAAAGCCCAAGAAAUAUGGUGGAGAUUACCUGCAGGCCAGAAUCCACUCGCCUAAGUUGCAGGCAGGGGCUGUGGGCAGAGUGGUAGACUACCAGAAUGGGUUUUACAAAGUCUUUUUCACUUUGCUGUGGCCGGGCAAGGUUAAAGUGUCCAUAUCUCUUGUCCACCCCACCGAAGGGAUCAGAGUUCUUCAGCACCUACAGGAAGAGAAACCACACAGGGUCUAUUUCAAGAGUCUCUUCCGUUCAGGAAGAAUUUCUGAAACCACGGAGUGCAAUGUGUGUCUUCCUGGGAAUCUGCCCCUGUGUAACUUUACAGAUCUCUACACUGGAGAACCCUGGUUCUGCUUCAAACCAAAGAAGCUCCCAUGCAGUAGUAGAAUUAACCAUUUCAAAGGUGGAUACCUGAAGGGCCUUCUAACUGCUACAGAGAAUGCUUUCUUCCAGAGUGGUGUCAAUAUCAAAAUGCCAAUCAACUCCAGUGGACCUGAUUGGGUGACUGUGAUUCCCAGGAGAAUAAAAGAAACUAACAAUCUAGAUAUAUCACAAGGCUCAGGAACUUUUCCUUCUGGAUAUUAUUACAAAGACCAGUGGAGGCCCAGAAAGUUUAAGAUGCGCCAGUUUAAUGACCCUGACAACAUCACAGAAUGCUUACAAAGAAAAGUGGUGUACUUAUUUGGAGAUUCAACAAUCAGGCAAUGGUUUGAAUACCUUACUACGUUUGUUCCAGAUUUAGUGGAGUUUAAUUUGGGUAGUCCCAAGAAUGUGGGUCCUUUCCUCGCGGUGGACCAGAAGCACAACAUCCUGCUCAAAUAUCGCUGCCAUGGUCCACCCAUCCGUUUUACAACUGUCUUUAGCAAUGAGCUCCAUUAUGUGGCCAAUGAGCUGAAUGGCAUCGUGGGAGGGAAGAACACCGUGGUUGCCAUAGCUAUAUGGUCUCAUUUCAGCACCUUCCCCUUGGAAGUGUACAUCCGGCGGCUCAGGAAUAUCCGUCGAGCCGUGGUCCAGCUCCUGGAUCGAAGCCCUAAGACCGUUGUAGUCAUUCGAACAGCCAAUGCCCAAGAGCUGGGGCCCGAGGUGAGCCUUUUCAACAGUGACUGGUACAAUUUUCAGCUGGACACCAUCCUCCGGAAGAUGUUCUCAGGGGUUGGAGUGUAUCUCGUUGAUGCCUGGGAGAUGACCUUGGCUCAUUAUUUACCCCACAAGCUACAUCCAGAUGAAGUUAUUGUGAAGAACCAACUGGACAUGUUCUUGUCCUUUGUGUGCCCCGUGGAGACCUAGCCCGCCCUGGAGGGGACUGGAGGAAUUACAUUACCUGUGUUAUAGGAAGUUUAUGGCUGGCCCCAUGGAGAGAUAGCUGCUAGUGACAUGUACAAAAUUUCAAAAGGAACUGGACUUUAUAUGAGACGUCUAAGGAGCUUAGAAAAUGCAGGUUGCAUUUAUAUCUACCUACAGGAUUUUUUCCCAAUCUUUACAUAGCCAUUGGAGAAUCAUUAUUAACAACAUCUACGCACUGUAUUCCUCUUGUAACCAAAGAUGCUAAUGAGUGUAUUUGAAUUAGCCUCUCUUGAGAGGAGAGAGUACUGUGCUAAAAACUGUGAGACAUAUUCUGACUUAAAUGGUUGGUAGUGAAGUUUUUGUAGCUUAUCUGGUAAAGGAGAAUGAGUUUAUCUGUAUGAACAGCACAGUUGAUCCAUCUUUGGUGGGAUGAACUCAUGAGGCUUCUGGUCAGUGCCUCCUGUAACACACUGAAGACUGCUGUCUCUUGAUGAUCCACCUUUUCUGAGUUGCUUUUCAGGCUGGAAUCCUUGCUCAGAUUUUUCUAGUGAGAAUAUUUAUAAUAUUCUGCAUUUAUCUAGAAAAGAAGCAAGAGGAAAGUAUGAAAACAGUACACAAAAUCUGUGUGUCCAAUUGAUACUUGCACUGGGGGGUUGUUACUUAUUUCAGCUGAAUUUUACAUGAUGAAUACUUUAAAAUAAUCACUUUUGGAACUGGAAGGGGGAAUCUAUAAUGGAAAUUUAUUUUUGUGUUUUGAAGUUUGAGGGUUUUAAGAACUGCAUUUUAUGUAAAGAUUGUUUAUUAUAAAGUUGUAGAAGUUACUUGCAUCAAUUUCAAGUGUUUCUUUUUUGGUUGUUAUUCUGAAUUGCAUACCAACAUUAGAAAUUAAAAUCUAAUUAGAAUCUAAAGUUCAA